AUGUAUCCAAACUUUUUCCGGACAGUUCCGGAUGAUGAGAUGCAAUAUGUGGCCAUAGCAAAGUUACUGGAAAGGUUGAAGUGGAACUGGGUCGGGAUCCUUACAUCUGAUGAUGAAUACGGAGAGAGGGAGAUCCGACAUCUCAGCAAACAUUUAUCUAAUCAUGGAAUUUGUAUUGAAUUCAAGAUUCUGGUGUCUAAAGAGAAUUAUAAUAAAAUUCCUCCCGAGCUGCAGACCUCAACUACGGAAGUUCUUAUUAUUUGUGGCUCAUUUAGUCUGACUUAUUACAAGUUUUUGGAUAAUAAUGUCCCUUAUUACAUGAAGAAAACAUUUAUUAUACCAGAUUCUUGGUCAAUGAGUGAAAUGUUUUUUAUUCUCAGUAACUGCAGCUUGGUUUUCACGUACCCCCAUCUCUACAUAAAGGGAUUGCUGGAAUAUCUUUAUAGUAUUAAUCCAUCCAGCCGCCCAAAUGACCCCCUGAUAGAGGAUAUUCUCAUAACUGAAUGUAGAUGCUUUUCAAAAAACCAAAUAAAAAAUUUCCUCAUUCCAAUCACAUUUAGAUGUCCUCUUAGGGACUGCAGUUUGGAGACAUUUCCACUUGAUUUAUAUUAUCCUGAUGAGAAAACAUCCUAUAGAGUGUAUAUCUCAGUCUACAUUUUGGCUCAAGCAUUACAUGACAUGGAUUUAUCUUUUAAAAAAUCUGAAAUAAAUCCACACACACUAAAGUAUAAGCUGUCCCGCUAUGUAAAAGAAGUCCAGUACAAGGAUCCGAAUGGCGAGGUCAUGAUUUUUAAUGAUAAAGGAGAACUGCCCAGCCGACUGGACAUUAUAAAUUGGAUUACAAGAAUUGAAAGUACAAAUUCCACUGAUUGGAUGCUUGUGGGUGACUUUGAUGGGUCCCUUUCAGAGGAUCAGCAACUUACACUAGAACCAGAGCUAAUAUCCUGGAAAGGAGACAAGGAAGUGGCACACUUCCAGGAUUCCUUCCCAUUUCAGUGGAAGGAGGUGGCUAUUACCUACCUUGGCAUUCAGAUUACUAGGAAGAUGACGGACCUCUACAAUCUGAACUUCUUAAAAGCUCUCUCAAAAGCUCAAAGUGACCUGAAAGACUGGGCCAAUCUGAACACAUCCUGGUUCGGCCGUGCGGCCUUAAUCAAGAUGGUCCCAAGAGGUCGAUGCUCCGAGGAAUGUCUUCCAGGGUUCAGAAAAUCCAUAAGAGAAGGAUAUCACCCAUGUUGUUAUAAUUGUGCUCCGUGUUCAGAAGGAGAAAUAUCAAACCAAUCUGACAGUGAACUCUGCAAGAAGUGUCCUGAAAAUGAAUGGCCUAACAAAGCUAAAACUAUUUGUAUUGACAAGGUCAAUGAGUAUUUAUCAUACGAAGAGGACAUUCUAGUUUUAUUUUUUUCUGUAGCUUCAGUCCUGCUUGCUAUGACAUCUCUCCUUAUACUUGGACUAUUUGUUUGGUUUCGGAGCACUCCCAUAGUCAGAGCCAAUAACCGGAACCUCAGCUUCAUUCUGCUCCUCUCCCUCAUACUGAGCUUCCUUUCUGUAUUCCUGUUCCUUGGCCGUCCUGUGGAUAUUACCUGUAUGCUGCAACAAGUCACUUUUGGAGUUCCCUUCACCAUCUCAGCAUCUUCUAUUCUCGCCAAAACCAUCAUGGUCUUCAUUGCUUUUAAAGCCACCAGACCUGGAAGCUCUUGUAGAAAAUGGGUGGGAGUCAAACUCCCCAAUACAGUCAUGUUAUUCUGCUCAUCCAUUCAGGUUAUGAAUUGCAUUCUUUGGUUGUCCAUCUCUCCACCAUUUCAGGAGUAUGACAUGGACUCCUAUCCUGGGAAGAUCAUCAUUCAGUGUAAUGAAGGGUCAGUUAUCGGCUUCUACUCUAUGUUAGGUUAUAUGGGGUUUCUGGCAGCUGUGAGUUUUGUUCUGGCUUUCAUGGUGAGGACAUUACCGGACAGUUUUAAUGAGGCCAAGUACAUCACCUUCAGCAUGCUGGUGUUCUGCAGUGUCUGGAUUGCCAUGAUCCCGGCCUAUCUGAGCACCAGAGGGAAAUACAUGGUGGCUGUGGAGAUAUUCGCCAUACUGACCUCCAGUGCUGGAAUAUUAUUGUGUAUGUUUUCUCCAAAACUCUACAUUUUACUUUUCAAACCUGAACUGAACACAAGAGGGACAAUGCUGGCGAAGAGAAUGUUGUAA